ACCAAAUUCCUGGAACUCUCGCGCACGCACUUUUAAAACCCAUCUCUUUCUCUUCCCAAAUCCAAAAUUCUAUCAAUUUAGGUCUGCGAUAACAGAGCUCAGUAGGGUUUCGAGAUCCAUGGCCGACGAGGCGAAGGCCAAGGGCAACGCGGCGUUCUCCGCCGGCCGAUUCGAUGAGGCCAUAGGCCACUUCACCACCGCCAUCGAGCUCUCCCCCACCAACCAUGUACUCUUCUCCAAUCGCUCCGCUGCCUAUGCUUCUCUUGGCCGCUUCGCCGAUGCUCUUUCCGACGCGAAGAAGACCGUGGAGCUGAAGCAUGACUGGUCUAAGGGGUACAGCCGCCUUGGCGCCGCUCAUCUAGGGCUUGGAUCCUUCAACGACGCCAUCGCUGCGUAUAAGAAGGGUUUGGAGCUUGAUCCGAAUAAUGAAGCUCUGAAGUCUGGGCUUGCUGAUGCUGAGGCCUCGGCUGCGCGAUCCCGUGCUCCGCCUCCGGGGUCGUCGCCGUUUGGGAAUAUUUUCUCUGGGCCAGAUCUUUGGGCGAAGCUUGCUGCUGAUCCGGCGACGAGGAGCUAUCUCCAGCAGCCUGAUUUUCUGAAGAUGUUGCAGGAUGUGCAGAAGAACCCUAACAAUAUCAACUUGUACCUGAGUGACCAGAGGAUGAUGCAGUUCUUGGGAGUUCUCCUCAAUGUGAAGAUGAGGGCUCCGACGGAUGAGAUGGAGAGGGAAUUCGCGGGGGCGGAGGCGGAGCCGGCUGCGAAGAGAGAUCAGCCUGAAUCCGCCAAGAAGGAACCGGAGCCAGAGCCAGAGCCAGAGUCUAUGGAUGUCAUGGAUGAGGAAAAGGAGAAGAAGGAGAGGAAAGCAGCAGCACAGAAGGAGAAAGAAGCGGGCAAUGCUGCUUAUAAAAAGAAGGAUUUUGAGACGGCAAUCCAGCAUUACAGUAGGGCAUUGGAGCUUGAUGACGAGGACAUCUCGUUCCUGACCAAUAGGGCUGCUGUUUAUAUGGAGAUGGGAAAGUACGAAGACUGCAUAAAGGACUGUGACAAGGCUGUCGAACGCGGAAGAGAACUUCGUUCUGAUUUUAAGAUGAUUGCAAGGGCAUUGACCAGGAAAGGGACUGCCUUUGUUAAGCUUGCAAAAUGUUCCAUGGACUAUGACACUGCUAUUGAGACUUUCCAGAAGGCUUUGACUGAACAUCGCAACCCUGAUACUCUGAAGAAGCUGAAUGAGGCAGAGAGGGCGAAAAAGGAACUGGAGCAACUAGAGUAUUAUGAUCCAAAUAUAGCUGAUGAGGAGCGUGAGAAAGGUAAUGAAUUCUUCAAGCAGCAAAAAUAUCCAGAAGCAGUUAAACAUUACACAGAAGCUCUCAAGAGAAAUCCUGAGGAUGCAAGGGUAUACAGCAACAGAGCUGCAUGCUACACAAAAAUUGGUGCCUUACCUGAAGGACUGAAAGAUGCAGAGAAGUGCAUUGAGCUGGACCCUACCUUUGCAAAGGGAUACACCAGGAAAGGAGCAAUUCAAUUCUUCAUGAAAGAAUAUGACAAAGCCCUGGAGACCUAUCAGGAGGGGUUGAAACAUGACUCAAGCAACCAGGAACUGGUUGAUGGUGUCCGACGGUGUAUCGAGCAAAUCAACAGGACUAAUAGAGGUGACCUAAGCCCUGAAGAAUUGAAAGAAAGACAGGCUAAGGCAAUGCAGGACCCAGAAAUUCAAAACAUCCUAUCUGAUCCAAUUAUGCGACAGGUACUGGUCGACUUCCAGGAGAACCCUAAAGCAGCGCAAGAUCAUCUGAAGAACCCACAAGUGAUGCACAAGAUCCAGAAACUAGUUAGUGCAGGGAUAGUCCAAAUGAGAUGAAACUGAAGGUCCAAUUUAAAGUGCAAAUAUAUUUCUCCAAUGCCUUACCCUUUUUGUAACUGAAUGAAUUAUUGUGAACUACUUGCUUUUUUUGGUGGAGUUCCUUUGUUUUAAUGGUUUGUUCUGAACUUGAAACAUUUGACAUCUUUAUGGGUGAUAUAAAGCUCUCAGUUAAUUGUUUCCAGUUA